UCGGCCACAUGCUUGUGGAGGUAGAAAGCUCUUGCUCAGGCAACAUUCAGGUUUGCAUCCGUCGGUCCUCGGCUCAGUCUAGGCACUAGGGACACAGCAAAACGACUGCACGUGAGGUUCUCAGACAGUUGUGAUCAGCACCCCUGGAUCGUCUCGACAGGGUCAGAGUUUGUUUUGUGUGAGCGCGCCUUCGGGACACAAUGUGUCCAACCCCGAACUCCGAUUACUUUGCGGCGGUCCCCUGACCAACAAGGAAUCUCACUAGCGUCUAUGGAGGGGCAAGCAAAUCGUUUACCGUCACGAUACCACAAUUCUAUCCUCUGUUAUUUGAGAGAUGGUAACAAAUGAACGGCUCCGAAGAGAACAUGGUUGAGAGGACCAGCAAAUUCUUGUUGAUCGUUGUCGGCUCUGUCUUCUUCAUGCUGAUUUUGUAUCAAUACGUGGCUCCCGGAGUCAUCAACUUCGGGUCUCCACACGGGUACCUCGCUGAAGAAGACAUGACCAUAUUCCCUACGCCGGAUCCCCAUUAUGUAAAAAAGUACUAUUUUCCCAUCAAGGAUCUGGAACGGACGAUGGAUUUUGAGAUUAAGGGAGAGGAUGUGAUCGUUUUCCUUCACAUCCAGAAAACUGGAGGUACCACGUUCGGGAGGCACCUGGUUCAGAAUGUGCGUCUGGAGGUGCCUUGUGACUGCAGACCUGGUCAGAAAAAGUGUACCUGCUAUCGGCCCAACAGAAAAGAGACCUGGCUGUUCUCACGGUUCUCCACCGGCUGGAGCUGUGGCUUACACGCCGACUGGACCGAGCUCAUCAACUGCGUACCAGGAGUUCUUAACAAGCGGGAGACUAAAGCAAAGAAAUUAAGGAAGUUCUACUACAUCACGCUUCUGCGGGACCCGGUGUCGCGCUACCUGAGCGAGUGGCGGCACGUGCAGCGCGGAGCCACCUGGAAGACCUCGCUGCACAUGUGCGACGGGCGCACGCCCACGCCCGAGGAGCUGCCCGCCUGCUACGACGGCAGCGACUGGUCAGGCUGCACGCUGCAGCAGUUCAUGGACUGCCCUUACAACCUGGCCAACAACCGGCAGGUGCGCAUGCUGGCCGACCUGAGUCUAGUCGGCUGCUACAACAUGUCCACGCUCCCGGAACGCAAGCGCGCCCAGAUCCUGCUCGAGUCGGCCAAGAAGAACCUGCGCGACAUGGCGUUCUUCGGCCUGACGGAGCACCAGCGCAAGACGCAGUACCUGUUCGAGCGCACCUUCCACCUGCGCUUCAUCCGCCCGUUCGUGCAGUUCAACAGCACACGGGCGUCUGGCGUGGACCUGGACAACGGCACCAUCCGCCGCAUCGAGGAGCUCAACGAGCUGGACAUGCAGCUGUACGACUACGCACGUGACCUCUUCCAGCAGCGCUACCAGUACACGCACAUGCUAGACCGCCAGGAGCAGCGACUCUCCCAGCGCAGCCAGGCACGCCUCCUGAGAGGGGGAGGAGGUAGAGGAGGAGGAGGAGGUGGGGAGGAGGCGGCGGGGACUGGGGGCGAGGGAACAGCGCGGCUGCCCACGGAGGACUACAUGAGCCAGAUCAUCCACGGAUGGUAGCGCAGAGAGAGACAAAAAUGGAGAGAGAGAGAGAGAUAGAGAGAGAGAGAGAGAGAAAAGAGGAGGGUGUGGCAGGUGGGAGAUGGAGAGAUAAAAGAGAUGUAGACUAAGGGGGAGGAGAGAUGUAGACUCUCAGAAAAAAGAAAAGCUGAACUAGUGGAAUGCUGUUCUUUCCUCUACUCCACCUUCCUCCACUCUCUCUAGGGUCAGGAUUGGUCAAGUGAAAACUGUGAAAGGUUGGGACCUGUCAACCUCCCUGUUUAAUUUAGUUACUUGUUUGUUUGUUUAUAUCCUUCAGGAUAACAUGAUUGUGUCCUUGUGGACUAAACGCUUAUACCAAGGAAAAAGUAAAAAAAAAAAAAAAGAAAGAAAAAAGCAAAAAUAAAGAAUUAAAGGAGAAAUCUAAGGCUCAAAGUGCGGGAAGGAUUCCUCGGUCUCAUCCGCCCCCAAAGCGAAGAGAAGCAGCGACGAAUAAAAGGAUUCACUGUUUGGCAACAAAGCAGGCGCAACAUCAAAGCUCCCACACUGGGCAAGUCAACAGUGUGUUAUUUCCCUGAGAUACACUGUUUUUAUUUCCUCCCCUCCCAGACAUAAUUUAAUUAUCACACAGUUGAGAAGCAUUUCGUAAAUGAGGUCUAGGAGUCUUUUGGAAUUCAUUUAAUUGCCUUCAGAUCAUAGAAAGCAGAAAGACAGAGGGGAAUAAAGCACAUAAGUCAUUGGCUUGAUCCACUGUUCUUCAA